CCUUAAAUGUAAAUUUGAUAUAACACCAUAUGUCAAUGUCACAUAUAUUACAAUCUCCUCAUCCAUAUAAAAUUCGUAGUUUAAAUUUUAAAACUUGCAUGGGUAAAUUUACAUGCACCCCCGCUAUGUAGGCACAACUGAAACGCAUUACGCACUAGCAGCUUCUCGAAAAAGGUUAUCGGUUUGUGGAUAUUUUGUGUUACAUACAAAUUAAUUAUGUAAAAGAAGCUCACGCAAGAAUGGGGUCUUCGUUUUCUUUAUCAACGGUGGCAUUAACUACCUUCGAAGUGGUAAAUGAAAUCUUUAUUGCCGUCGGUAGCGGUGUAUCCGGCAUCGUUAUUUUGGUUAACCACGGAUUAAAAACUAACGCAACGUUAAGAACGUUACUGGUAACAACAAUAACUGUCGGUUGUCUACUGUUCACCUUUCAAACGAAAGAAAUGCUGAAACCGUCCCGCAAGAAGGUUAUAUUGAUAACGGGUUGUGAUUCUGGCUUGGGGUUUUCGUUCGCGCAGCACGCCUGCGAUAUGGGAUUUACCGUUUUGGCGGGAUGUUUAAGUUUGGAAUCGAAAGGCGCGCAAACUUUACGAACGUUAUUUGGCGAGAAAAUUACGCACGUCGAGCUGGAUAUCACCAGGCCAACAAGUGUUGAGGUCGCACUCGAUUUUGUGGCCAAAGUGUUAAAAAGCAACCCCGAUUAUCAAUUCUGGGCCUUGGUUAAUAAUGUUGGCGUUAUGGUGUUCGGUGAAUUUGAAUGGCUAACCGACAAACUUAUUGAGAAGCAGCUCGAUGUUAAUUUAUACGGUACACUUCGUCUAACGAAAGCCUUUCUACCGCUACUGAGAUCUCACAAAGCCCGAUUAAUAAAUAUAUCGAGUCACUGUGCCUUGGCAUCACUGCCUGGCCUGUCAGUAUACGGCGCUACAAAAGCAGCUUUGAAAGGGUGGAAUGAUGCCUUACGCAUUGAGUUGCGGAAAUAUGGAGUCAGAGUCGUGUUGUUUAUACCCGGAUCGUUCAUAACGCAAAGCAACAUCAUGGGCACUCAAGUCGAGAACUGCCUGGAAAUGUAUAACGCCUUUAACAAGGAACAACUGGAGUUUUAUGGGGAUUAUUUUAAUCGCUAUAAUAAUUAUUUAAACGCGAUUGGCGGCACUAGAAGUAUUAGGAAGAUUAUUGAUUCAAGUCUGUAUGAAAAGUUUGAGAAGGCACUUUUGGAAUGGCCACCAUCACCGAUUUAUAUCAACGAAUCUUUCCGUUACGGUGUAUACCAUACGUUAUUUAAGUGUACCCCCAUUAAUGUUAGAGACUUUUUAAUAACAAAGUUUAUGCAGAUGCCCUCCUACAGCGUCAUUUAACGACAAUCAAUAUACCUGAAACAAGAAAA